AUGGAUGAUGAAAAAUUGGUGGAAGCGCCAUUGACUUCAGUAGCUACAGCCUUAGAAGUACCACCUCCUCUUACCAAAGGUGAGCUUGAGCACAGUGGGGAAGAAGCACCUGCAGUUGAACAAGAGGUAAUACAAUGCAUCAUUCAUGUUGUGAAACGGACUCGCCUCACACUGCCACCUAAACCGCAGCCAUCCGAUACAAGCUUGCCCAAGCUCUUUCAAAAGGAUGGCUCACCGGAUUUCUCAACUGCUUCUGCAGAGGGAAUCCCGACAAAAUCACCGGAUGUUGAUUCAUCAUCAAAGCAACGAAAGGGUACUGCUGUAGAAAAGACAACUGAAAAUCCAUUGACGUCAUCGAUGAGAUCAGCAAAAACCCAACGGACGCAAAAAAGACUCGGGCCAAAACAAACUCCAUCUGACCAACAACAUUCCAUCAGUAAAGAAAAGAAGGUUCCCGAUAAAGAAAAGCCGCCCCCAUUACCUAGGUUAACGAAGAGUUCAAGAGAAAAAGGAUCCUUACCCGGACAGCAGCGCUCUGUUGGUCGAGGAGAAGGAAGUCUCAAAGGCGAGCAACCGUCUUCGCUAUCGCUAUCGGGAAAAAGUUCUAAGGAGAAGGGGCUUCAAUCUGGACAACAGCCUCCUUAUCUUCUACCAAGAGGUGUUCCCAGAAAGGGGAUGUCAUCUCCAUCACCGUUUCCAAGAGAAGGAUUGAAAGUGGGGGGACCUAUGCCUGGUAGACAGCAAGAACUUACUCCAUCACCACCAAAAAAUCCAAAAAAGAGUUUAGUACGGGUACGAUCACCUGACGUGUCCGGGAAGGAAUCGUCGAAGGCCACCAGGUCAGGCCAGUGA